AUGACCAACAAAUCAAGUAUUACAAAGAAGCCGAUCCUUAAGACAUCUGCACCGGAACACAUCAAAUACCGCCUGCGUAAGCAGCAAAAGAAGACACAGACGAAGAAGGACAUGAGGGGGCCUAAAGAUGUGAUAGCAGGAAAGGACCAAGGUCUUGACGACAACGACAACGUGGUGAGCGCAACGAAGAAGAAGGCGAAGAAACGCAAGGCGGAUGGGGAUGCGGCUAAGAAGGCACCAAAAAAGCAGAAGAAGAAGAAGAAGGAUGAGAAAACAGCAGUUGAAAACGUACAUCUGUCGAAGAGAAGACUAUCGUCAGACGGACGACCAGAAUCUGUCCAUAACCACACCAUACUCCAAGAAUUACAUAGCGUUGAAGAUGAAAACACCGAUAGGACAGCGAGAGCUGAAAGUGACCAUGAAAGUACACUAGAAACCAACGAAAAGGUGACACGUUUGCGGCAUCUAGAUAUUCACAAGGAAGCUAAAAUAAAUCAGGGCCUCGAAGUUCUAGAGUCGAACGAGGUAUUUUCAGUGAAGGGCGAUGAACUCGAGUUCUCCCAUACAAAAGUCAUAAUGCGGCGCGGUCCCCUUUUCUUGUAUUCGACUACUAGAACUCGAUAUAAGAAAGGAACGCAAAUUGAUCUCACAAAGCUCGAGAUUCAUCCAAUUCCACGGCCCCACAUCUACCCAGUCCUUCCGACUCUAGCUCCCAACCCACUGCCUCCGCAUGUGUUUCUUAAACGGCCCAACUUGAUCUCCUAUGCCCAUUCCGAAUGCUUGACGGAAAUCAGCGCGCUGUCUAUGCAUGAGGCCCAGAUGUGCCAGAUGAUCAAGCGAUCUCCACACCCUAAUGUGGCUAAGUACUUUGGCUGUCUUAUUGAUGAGGACGGCAGAAUAUCUGAGCUGUGCUUUUCAAGACACAGAAAAACACUUAACCAAAUGGUUGAAGACGGUGAAAUUUUCGACCGGACAGCGUGCUUGGAUAACAUCACGGCGGGAAUCAAGCAUCUUCACAGCUUGGGAAUGAUUCAUUGUGAUAUUAAUCCGCAUAAUGUGUUCGCGGACGUGGAAGACUUUGUGAUUGGGGAUUUUGAUUCAUGCGCAUUGGAAGGAGAUAAGCUUGGGGCAAAGGCCGGCACUCACGGUUGGACAAGCGAUGAUUUUGUUCUUGCACAGCGCGAGAAUGACUGGUUUGGAUUCGCAAAGAUUAAAGAGUUUCUUUUGUCUCCAAACGAUAUUAAGGAAUGCCUAUGA